CGUCUCCCACCUGUCCGGAACCUGCCCCGCUGGUCCCAUCUCGGUUGUCUUGACGAGGCCCGUUAUCCCCGACAAUUACCCCGUGACUGGCCACCCAAUCCUCCACAAAUUAUGGACUCAGAAAGUUUAACUUUUCAAUGCACCAUGGAUUCUGACAUUACACGAGUGGCAUCAUUGAAGAAGGAUGUUUUAUUCCUACAAAAACAGCACAGAGAAACACUGAGCAAACUGCAUGAGGAAAUCGAAGAACUAAAACGUGAAAAUAAAGGUAUAAAGUUAAAUGCAUCAUGAGUAGCCUAGUAGGCUACUGUAUUAUUAAAUAGUGUUGUUACAGGCCUAAUAAUUGAUUUAUUCAAUUUGCAGAACUACACUAUCAAUCGAUAAUGGAGCCACAACAAUCUGAAGGUAUGAGUAGGCCUAUGCCUGAUAUUUUCUUCUGUAGGUUUUUUCCUCCCACGCCAUCAUGUUAUUGGGGAACAAAUUGUGUGUUCGCUCAUGUCCCUUUCCCCCUUGUGGUUUAGUAUCUCCAAGAUGCAGAUCUCAAACACAACAGCCCAGCUACAUAGAGCAGACCAGCUAUCCUCUGCAUGGUCUACCAUCUCCAUCAGCAAAUCUAAGGUAAUCAUCACACUUAGCACCUACAGUUGAAGUCGGAAGUUUACAUACACCUUAGCCAAAUACAUUUCAACUCAGUUUUUCACAAUUCCUGACAUUUAAUCCUAGUAAAAAUUCCUUGUCUUAGGUCAGUUAGGAUCACCACUUUAUUUUUAGAAUGUGAAAUGUCAGAAUAAUAGUAGAGAGAAUGAUUUAUUUCAGCUUUUAUUUCUUUCAUCACAUUCCCAGUGGGUCAGAAGUUUACAUACACUCAAUUAGUAUUUGGUAGCAUUGCCUUUAAAUUGUUUAACUUGGGUCAAAUGUUUCGGGUAGCCUUCCACAAGCUUCCAACAAUAAGUUGGGUGAAUAUUGGCCCAUUCCUCCUGACAGAGCUGGUGUAACUGAGUCAGGUUUGUAGGCCUCCAUGCUCGCACACGCUUUUUCAGUUCUGCCCACAGAUUUUCUAUAGGAUUGAGGUCAGGGCUUUGUGAUGGCCACUCCAAUACCUUGACUUUGUUGUCCUAAAGCCAUUUUGCCACAACUUUGGAAGUAUGCUUGGGGUCAUUGUCCAUUUGGAAGACCCAUUUGCGACCAAGCUUUAACUUCCUGACUGAUUCCUGAGAUGUUGCUUCAAUAUAUCCACAUACUUUUCCUUCCUCAUGAUGCCAUCUAUUUUGUGAAGUGCACCAGUCCCUCCUGCAGCAAAUCACCCCCACAGCAUGAUGCUGCCACCCCCAUGCUUCACGGUUGGGAUGAUGUUCUUAGGCUUGCAAGGCACCCCCUUUUUCCUCCAAACAUAAUGAUGGUCAUUAUGGCCAAACAGUUCUAUUUUUGUUUCAUCAGACCAUUUCUCCAAAAAGUACAAUCUUUGUACCCAUGUGCAGUUGCAAACCGUAGUCUGUCUUUUUUAUGGCGGUUUUGGAGCAGUGGCUUCUUCCUUGCUGAGUGGCCUUUCAGGUUGUCGAUAUAGGACUUGUUUUACUGUGGAUAUAGAUACUUUUGUACCCGUUUCCUCCAGCAUCUUCACAAGGUCCUUUGCUGUUGUUCUGGGAUUGAUUUGCACCUUUCGCACCAAAGUACGUUCAUCUCUAGGAGACAGAACGCGUCUCCUUCCUGAGCGGUAUGACGGCUGCGUGGUCCCAUGGUGUUUUUACUUGCGUACUAUUGUUUGUACAGAUGAACGUGGUACCUUCAGGCGUUUGGAAAUUGCUCCCAAGGAUGAACCAGACUUGUGGAGGUCUACAAAAAAAAUUUCUGAAGUCUUGGCUGAUUUAUUUUGAUUUUCCCAUGAUGUCAAGCAAAGAGGCACUGAGUUUGAUGUCAAUUAGCCUAUCAGAAGCUUCUAAAGCCAUGACAUCAUUUUCUGGAAUUUUCCAAGGUGUUUAAAGGCACAGUCAACUUAGUGGAAUUGUGAUACAGUGAAUUAUAAGUGAAAUAAUCUGUCUGUAAACAAUUGUUGGAAAAAUUACAUGUGUCAUGCACAAAGUAGAUGUUCUAACCGACUUGCCAAAACUAUAGUUUGUUAACAAUAAAUUUGUGGAGUGGUUGAAAAACAAGUUUUAAUGACUCCAACUUAAGUGUAUGUAAACUUCCGACUUCAACUGUAUAUAACAUCUUUCUAUCUUACAUAUCAUUAAUAAUAAAACACUUUGGUGGAAGUGUUGAUUGAACGUUCUCUUUAUUUUCCUGCACACUGGCAUGCAGAGUAGAUACAGCAUGCACAUCUAAGCUUUUAAGCUCAGAUUUAAAUGCAGAAUCAAAAGGGGGGUUGAUCACAUCCUUGCUUCCCCUGCGGAUUGAUGGUGGUCCAUCUCACUCCCCCCGCGCCCCCACCCUGCAGGAGUGUAAGGUCAUCAUCAGACAGCUCUGUAAAAACAACAACUUGCAGUCCCAGGAGGUAGGCUACAGAGAUGAUCCUACUGUAUCAUGUUCUGCACUCAUUCCAUGUCAGAAUGUAAGAACGCCAUGUCACAUUUAAUCUCAGAAUGUUAAAACUCUCUUCUCUCAACUUGUGUUUCAGCUGUUACGCAUGAAGGCCAUCCUCAAAGACAUAAUAGUCAACAACAAGAAAAUGUCCCAGGAGGCUUACACACUGACCAAGGCCUACCUCUCUGACGCAGACAGGUGAAAUAGUCUACACAAUUUAUCAAAAUGUUUGGAAAAACUCAUCUCAUAUCCUAAAAUAGUCUUCUUAUUGAAUUAUUUCUUUCAGAAACAAAGACAUUGGAAUGUUUCCAAAACUACCUCUCAAGUCGCUGCCAAAAAGACUGUACGUCAGUCAUGCUAUUUAUAGUGUUAUUAAUGUGCCCCAUGGUAUUACUUAAAAUAAACAUAUUAUUUUUGCCUUCUGAAGACCCCCAGCCCCGAUUGGCAUGAGAGAAAGAGUAGUCUUGCCAGCCAUCAAACAGAGCCUAAACUCCAGCAUAGCAGAGAGGCAGAAGAAGGCACAAGCUGUGCUGAGAUCCCGUCUAAGAAGAGUGGUGCAG